UGGCCUUAAACUUUGAAGAAGAGAGAACAUUACAAGUCAAUAGGCAGUAACUGGGAGAGAGAGGGAGAGAGACAGACAGACAGAGACUUGACUUACCCAGAGGGUGGAGGAACAGUGUGGUUUCUCCAUUCCUGUCCCUUUCUGGCCUCUGCUGCGCAAGGUCACCGCGAUGUUCAGGACUGGAUAGGUUAAGCGCAGGCCCCGGCCCCAGCACAAUGGGCGACUGGAGCUUCCUGGGGGAGUUCCUGGAGGAGGUCCACAAGCACUCCACGGUGAUCGGCAAGGUGUGGCUCACCGUCCUGUUCAUCUUCCGCAUGCUGGUGCUGGGCACGGCGGCCGAGUCCUCCUGGGGGGACGAGCAGGCCGAUUUCCACUGCGACACCUUGCAGCCGGGCUGCGAGAACGUGUGCUACGACCAGGCGUUCCCCAUCUCGCACAUCCGCUACUGGGUGCUGCAGAUCAUCUUCGUGUCCACGCCGUCGCUCGUGUACAUGGGCCACGCGGUGCACACGGUGCGCAUGCUGGAGAAGCGGCGGCUGCGUGAGGCCGAGCGGGCCGGAGCCUACCCGGCCGCCGACAAGGCCGAGCUGGGCUGCUGGGAGGACGCGGCUGGCAAGAUCAUCCUCAAGGGCAGCCUGCUCAACACCUACGUGUGCGCCAUCGUCCUGCGCACCGUCAUGGAGGUAGCCUUCCUCGUGGGCCAGUACCUCCUCUACGGGGUCUUCCUGGAGACGCUCUACGUCUGCCGCCGCAGCCCCUGUCCCCACGCUGUCAACUGCUACGUGUCCAGGCCCACGGAGAAGAACGUCUUCAUCGUCUUCAUGCUGGCCGUGGCCGCGCUCUCCCUCCUCCUCAGCCUGGCCGAGCUCUACCACCUGGGCUGGAAGAAGAUCAGGCAGCGGUUUGCCAAGUCCAGGCCGGGCCCGGCGGAGCGCGCGCUGCCAGGGCCGGGCCCCGGCUGCACGCCGCCGCCCGACUUCCACCAGUGCCUGCAGGGCAGCCCGGGGGGCAAGUUCUACACCCCCUUCUCCCCGGGCGCCAUGCCGCAGCAGGACGCGGAUGCCCCCUCGGCUCCCGAGCCCGGCCAGGGCCCAGAGCCGGGCUCCACCGACGGCUUCAUCCACAUGCACUAUGGCCAGAAGCCCGAUCUGCCCAGCCAGGCCUCGCCGGGACACCGCCUGCUGCACGGUUACCAUAGCGACAAGCGGCGUCUCAGCAAGGCCAGCAGCAAGGCGCGAUCCGAUGACCUAUCCGUGUAACACCCCUAUAUGGGUGGGGGUGGGGAACUAGGACCAGAUGGAAGCAAAGGAGGGUCGGAGAAGGGAAGAUGUGACCCUCUGACACCCCCCUGUUCUCACACUCACUGCUAUGGGGGUCCUGGGUGCUGGGUCGUUGGCAUGGUGCAUUAACUCUAGAAGGUCUAACCCCAUCUCUGAGAGCAUAGUCAGAGACGGCUGCUCACUGCUCUGCUUUCCUCUCCCCAUGCUCGAACUCACCUUUCAGACUAGUCAUUGAAUUGGGUAGAGGAAGGGAAGGGAACCAUAGCAAAAUCUGGAAUGGGAGGAAGGGCCACAGAGAUAGAAUGUCAAGCUAGAUGCCAGUGGCUCCCGCUUGUAAUCCCAGCUACUCAGGAGGCUGAAAUCUGAGGAUUGUGAUGCAAUGCUAGCUUGGACAGACACAUUUGAGAGACUCUUAUCUCUAAUUAGACAGCAGCUGCCCCCUACAAGCCCCAAAAGUGGAGGAGGUUGGGUCAAGAGGUAGAGUAUCAGCCUUGAGCAAAAAAGCCAAUCGACAGUGUGAGGCCCUGAGCCUCAGAAAUUGACUGGCAGUCUCCACUUUACAAGACAUUGUUUGUAUCUUUGGCAAAUGACUUGUUGGCAAUGGCCCAGCCUUUUCUUCUGCCCAGAUGGAUACUCAUCCAAUCAAGGUGCCACCUACUCCAGGAGUGGCUAUACACCCAAACUCUACUGGCACUCCUGCUACCUCUGCCAUCCUGUGGCUUCUUUACUGUUCAGUCCAUGAGAGAAGCCAUCCGGGUUUCCUCAACGUCUCUCUAAAACCUCAUCAUCAGAAUGCCCAAGAAGCCAUCACCCUCUCUCCCAUCCUGACUGGAUCACCCGGCCACCAAAGCAGUUGGAGUUUCCCCCAGGGACUUACAAAAACAGAUAGCAUUGUGCUGCUCAGACUCCCCCUCAAGGAAAAGCAAUUCUGCUGUGAUGAUGGAAAUUAAAAGGAGAAAAGACACUGGAAAACUGUUUUCCCCUUCUAUUUAUUUAUUUUACUCAUUGCCAACUGAGAAGGGGGGAGGAGGUAAUGCCAGCCAGUGGCAAUCUCUGCUUCUCUCUCUGUCUCUCUCUCUCUCUCUCCCUAGAGGCAGCUGCAGAGGCAUGAAAGCAGGAAGGGAAUCUCCAGCUUAUUUUUGUGUGUUUUGUUUUGGCAAGGCCCUUAUUUAAAGCAUACAGAGAUCUGUGUAUCUCCCUGGUGCCUCUAAUGAGAAGGCUAGGUGGGAAUGCAGAGCAGCUCAGCCUUCCCCAAGGACUGGCUUGGUGUCUCUACCAAAUGGACCCAUAAUGGUGGCUGCCAUUUUGGAUGCAGAUAAAACAUGCUCAGAAAUUGGCUACUGAAACUAUUUGAGAGACAUUCUUAUACUUUAAAAAUGCACGUGUGCAUGUGUGUGUAUGUGUAUGUGUAUGUGUGUGUGUAAGUAGAAGGGUUACUGGGGUGGUUAAGGAAAGUCCUGAACUAAGGAAACAGUAGAGAAUCUCAUGUUUUCCUGCCUCUGCUCCAGUUGCCCAGCAGAGAGGUUGAGCUUAACUAUCUUAGUACAGGAGCUUACAUGGCUAGGAGUAAGAGGUAAAGGAGGGUGAAAGUUUUGAAGGAAACAAUCUCUGCCCUCCUUAUCUCCGGGCCCCUCUGCUUGUAUUUGGAAGCUAUUAGUGGGUGGAAAGAAGGAUGAGUGUAGGGAUGGGAGGGUACUAACUGACUGGUCGUCCCAGAUCCCUGAUACGUUUUUAUUAUGAUUUAAUCAAGAUUCUUUAUCCUAGCCCAACAGAGAUGAGAUCAAGCUUAAAAUCCUAGCUGCUUGGGGGACAAAGAUCAGAAGAUCUUGGCUUCAGGCUAACUUGAGGGAAAAAAAAAAUCCUGAGAUUUCAUUUCAACCAAUGGCUGGGCAAGGUGCCCACCAUUUCAGUGACAUGGAGAAGCAGAAAUAUGAGGACUGAGGUCCAGGCCAUCCCAAGAAGGAAGUGAGAACUCUAUCUUAAAAAUGUCAACACCAAAAGGGCUGGUGGAGUGACUCAAAUAGCAGAGCACCUGCUAGCAAGCAUGACUCCCUGAGUUCAAAUCUCAGUACCACAAAAAAAAAAAAAACAACA